UCAACACUUCUCUGCGUUUGAAUGAACGUGCUGAUCUGUGAGCCGAGGCUCCGCGGUGCUGAAAGGACAGCUCCUCCACUCCCCGACAUCUGCAGACAUGUUCACCAGGAUGUUAAAACUGAGGCUCCUCAACGCUGUAGCUCCUGCCUACUUCUUCAUGGCUACAGCAGUCACCUUCAUUUUGCACUUCUGCUUCUUCAUCCCAACCAUCUUCCCAAACCCGGACACAUCACUGACGGCUUCUACAACUCUUCACACGGUUGUUUUCCUCUUCUUGAUGUUCAACGCACUGGGAAACUACAUAAUGACUAUUAAAUAUCCUGCUGAAAGUGCCAACGAGACCAUGGUUCCGGUGUGUUCGGCGCACUGCUCGGACAAAGUGGACGCACACUACCUCCUGAACAAUCGCCACUUCUGCAAACUGUGCAAGAAAGUUAUCCUGAAGAGGGAUCACCACUGCUUCUUCACUGGGAACUGCAUUGGCAAUAAAAACAUGCGCUACUUCAUCAUGUUCUGCAUCUACACAUCGUGCACUUGUUUGUACUCCCUGGUUCUUGGUGUGGCCUUUCUAACAGUGGAGUACUCCAUCUCCUUCGAGAACCCACUCACCUUCCUCACUCUUCUCCCUCUCUCCACUGGUUACUUCUUCAUGGGAACCAUCUCAGGCCUGCAGUUGUUCCUGGUGCUGAUGCUCUACGUGUGGCUGGGCAUCGGCCUGGUCUGUGCAGGCUUCUGCUGCCAGCAGGUGCUGCUGGUUGCCCGGGGACAGACCUGGUGUCAGAUGCAGAGGGGGCAGCUCGUGGAGAACCGCAGCCCCUGGAGAAACAACCUCAAGGACGUGUUUGGUACCCGCUGGAUCCUUGGCCUUAUCCUGCCUGUGCAGACGGAGGAGAUGUGCUCUGAAGACACAGACGCACAGAAGCAAGACUGACCACAUUGAUAGCUCCCAAGACAAACGGCACAAGAUGUAGAAAAUGCUUGAUGGUUGGUUUUAAAUACUAAAUGGAUGCUUUGUGACCUUUAAAGUAGUCCAUGAAAUAGCUGUUAGCACACAUUCCUUUAAGGACAGGAGCCAUAUAUCAGUGUGAAACUUUAUAAUAAGUGCAUAGUGUAAGUGUAUCCUUUAAGUAAGUAGCUCUUGACAAGGCAAUAUUAGGACUGAUAAGUUGGUCGUUUGAUACAUCCAGCAGUUUUACAUGCACUAGUUCAUGCUUCAAAGUAUAAAGAUGGCUUUGUAUAAGUGCAUGCAUUCACAGCUUUGCAUUUUUGAAAAUUAUUAUCAUGCUAUUGACUUUAACGCCUGCGCCACACGGUGCUCUGAGAUUACCAAUCAAGUGUGUUGCUCUUCCACACUUUAUUGUAGGACGCUAGAGUGUGACAUUCAGGAAAUCUUACAGUAGUUUUCACAACAAUAAUUAACUUUGACGUUAAGGGCUAGCAGACAGGGAAACUACAGUAUGUGUCUACAGCAUAAACUGCCGGGCUCGACACCAUUGUUCUGACAAUAAACUGUCAAAUGUUGAGCCGGAUUUCUACUCAAAUGAUUGUGACUCAGACAGUACAGUGAUAUGCUCCUAUAAGAAUGGGUGGCGGGGAAAUGUGGAGAUGAUUAACCAUAUUAUUAUCCAGGGUAUUAUUCACAAUGUGCCAUAAACCAGCCUGGUCUCCUGAAAACUACAUUCCCAUACAACACAAGUGCCAAAUAGGAUGUGAGGGAAAUGUAGUUUCCCCAGGAUUACGUUUGUUUUUAAGGUAUCACAAAUAUGUUACUCACCAAGUCAGCAUAGGAAGAAGGUUGGGAUGGAGGAACAAACACGGGACUGUCAGCCAGGAGACAGCUUUGUCCGUUCAGGGCUACUGUAGAAACAUGACAAGUACCCUGAAGGUCUCAUAAUAAGCUAACAAGUCUUACUUUCAGGUGAUUACACACUGAUGAAAACAAAGCUAUAAAUAUGUAAAUUAACUUCAUUCAUUCAUUCUUAUUCUUACUAGUACCGUUACAAACGUAUAUGUUUUAACCCAAACCACAUUCUUUUCCUAAACCUAAUAGAGAUGUGAGUCAGCAAAGGCCCCAAGAUACUUGAGUCACAAUACCAUAUUAUUGCGUUUUUAGCAUUUUGUUAUAUGGUGAGUAUUGCGAUACAAUAUAUUGCGAUUUAACUGUUUUUAACUGCAUUUGGUGAAAUAAAUUAAAUCAAGAAUUGUUUUGUCGAAUAAGAUAAAAUUCUCAGUCUAUUCAUCUCACCUCAGUCUUUUUAUUUCUCCACAAUGAGAGUCAAACCCACAGACUGACCAACAAAGUCAGUCAAACAUUCAGUCAAACUGAACUGAACUGAUAUCAAACAUGUAUGGACGACAACAACUGCAGCAUUUUUAUCAAACUUCACUGCUCUGAAUUUCUUUGAAUGGAACAAAAAAAGUCUUACUUUGCAGUGUUAUUUUGACUUCCAAACACGAUAUCCUGACACAUGGUGCCUAUAGAUUCUUUAGAUCUUCCAGUUCAAUAUGAUACCAUUAUCUCCAUUCCUAAGUGAGCCGGCUAUCGAUGCGAAGUAUAUCAAUACUUGGCAGCCAUGAAUUGAUAUAUUGCCACGUAAAAUGUUGCAUAUCAAUUCCCCCCCCUACUAACCAAGUAGUUGUUUUUUUUCUUUUUCCCAACAUUAACCACCAUUAACUGCAACUUUAAUCUGGGGGGGAGAGGAUAUGCUUCCCUUUAAAACAUUAAAACGACAGAGCAGUUUCUUGUUUGGGAAUAUAACUUUUAGGAGACAGGGUUGCAUUAACCACAUCUUAAAUGCUUACAGAUGACCCCAAAGAUGAGGUUCUCACUACACUGCUAACAACAGGGCCCUCUGUAUAACAAUAGUUAAGGACUUUUCACUGUUAUGCUGCUGCUAAAGCUACUGACAUAUUCAACAUCAUGUCAAAGAUGUUUGGGGAUUUCAAUUAUUAUACUUUAUAGAGCUAUUUUGUCUAUUCCUGUUAUACCAAUAAAAGUAUUAAAAUCACAA